UUUAAACAGGUACAAAUUCUAGAUGCCAGAAGCGGGAGGGUAUCCUGUGUCCUAAAAGAUCUGUCUCCAUCCUGCACCAUUUCUGAUGUUAAAGAGGAGUAUCAUAAAAAAUUUUCAAAGUUAUAUCCUGAAAGACAAUCAUUUCGGCUUGAACCAAGAGGAAAAGCUGUGAAAGAUGAAGAAACAUUAGAAUCCUUAGAAGUUAAGGAUGGAGGCAAAUUAUACUUUAAAGAUUUAGGUCCCCAAAUAAGCUGGACAACGGUAUUUUUAGUUGAGUACGCUGGUCCUCUAGUAGUUUACAUGCUGCUAUACAUUCGACCUGCUAUUGUUUAUGGACCUGAAGCAGCCAGCAAACCUUAUGCCACUGUAGUACAUAUAGCAGCAGCCUGUUGGUCAGGCCACUAUGCCAAAAGACUGUUGGAGACACUUUUUGUUCAUCGCUUUUCCAAGGCAACAAUGCCCUUGAUGAACAUUUUCAAGAAUUCUGGUUAUUACUGGGGUUAUGGUGCUCUAGUUGGAUAUUUUGUGAAUCACCCAUUGUAUACACCACCAAUGUAUGGGGAUGCACAAGUCUACACCGGUCUGGCAAUGUUCUUGUUUAAUGAGUAUGGAAACUUUGUUAUCCACUGUGCUUUGCGGGACUUAAGGCCGGCAGGUACAAAAGAGAGGAAGAUUCCCUACCCAACAUCUUCAAAAACCAAGAAACGACCAAUCAGGAACGCUACACGGAUCUCCAUAGAACUACGUCAUAAGAAUCGAAAAAGACUCCCAAAUAUUCAUUUAACAACCUCAAGCGCUAGCGGUAAGGGAUUCGCAUAUUUAUUUUCAACAAUUUUUCUAUCUUCCUUUCUUUCUCAGGUGGGGGCUUGGUUAUCCUUUGCGGUGAUGACUCAGACAUUGUCAGUGGUGCUGUUCAUCUUGGCAGGGUUUUAUCAAAUGUCAGUGUGGGCAAUCGGAAAGCAUCGCAAUUAUCGCAAAGAAUUUAAAGAUUACCCCAAAGGAAGAAAAGCAAUCGUUCCUUUUCUGUUAUAAAUAAACUUCAAACAGAUUAACAAUUAUUAGGUCUCAGCUUGUUUGCGGAGUGUGUUUAUGAAGAAUUCAUGAUUAAAACAAACAAACUUUCCAAACUA